CACACACACAUACACAUACACACACGCCUUGUCGCAAUCACUGUUGCAGUCGCACGUCCUCCCAUACCCAUGAGGCACUGACCUCACAUUACUACGGUACCAUCUUGCUACCACACGCCACACAUCACACAUCACACAUCACACAGACACACACCACCACCACCACCACUGCCAUGGAGACCUACCACGGCCAUGUCCGCACCCCUAACGAUGCCAUCAUUCUGUUCGAGGCCUGCCGCAUUGGCAUAUUACCGCGCGUCCAGCGCCGCUUGUCCGAAAAGGAGCGCCAGCAGAUCAAGUCCGGCUCAGUAUUCGUGUGGGACGAGCGCGAGGCCGGCAUGAGACGAUGGACCGACGGGAAAUCAUGGAGCGCCAGCCGCGUCUCUGGCAGCUUCCUCACAUACCGAGAAAUGGAGGGCAAGCGAGGAGGCAGCGCUGUGCCUACUCCGCCAGUAGCAAAGCGCGCAAGCGGAAAGUCACCAGACGGCUCGGCAAACGGAGACUCUGAGGGCGAGGGACCAGACGGCUACCGAUACAAGCCCGACGGUCUGAUGAAGCAGUCCUUCAGCAUCACUACACAGAGCGGACAGCACCUCCACCUCAUCAGCUACUACUCACGAUCAAAUUCCAACAAUCUCCCCCAACCCACAAACGAUGCCCAGCUGCGACACAUUCGACCGCCCAAGAACAUGUACCCCGAGUCUGCAGUAAACGAGACUCAAUCCGUGCCUGCCGUCACUCGCGGCCCCAUGCCUGGUUCCCCAUACAAUGCUCCAGGCCACAGCAUGGCCCCCUCUUCGCCCUACACACGCGGCGGCCCUGUCGCGCCCAUGUACGCGGUCCCUAUCUAUCCUCCUACGCCUCCGAAUGGCUCUUCUCCAUUACACGCGUACUACCCACAGCACCCUUACUUCUACCCCGGUGUAGUCUAUGCACAGCCCCAAUAUCAUCCCCAGGCCCAUGUCUAUGACCGCGCGCAGCCGCCAAUCGCACAUCCUCACGCUCCCCAGGGCCACCAUCCCAUGCUUAUGCAGCACCCCGCCUAUGCGGCGCACGCUGCUCACGCUGCUCACGCUGCUCAGCAGUAUAUGACGACACCUCCAUUGCGCACUCCAUCAGCCGCCGAGCACGCUCAACGUCAGCAACAUUUACAGCGAGUCGGCGCGCCUGCUCCUCCCUGCCGACAGCAGCGCACUGAACAAGCUCAACAGCGUCUUUGUCCGAUCGUAGUAGCGCCUUUUUGCUCUCUCGGAUCACAGACUGUGUCUUCGCUUCUCUGCUUAUCUAUUUAACACGCGUAACGAUUUACUCGCGGCUUCUUUUUUUUUAUUCGCUUCUUUUUCUUGUUCCCGAAUCAAGGGGAAACAGUCGUU